UCCGCUCCGCACUCGGCUAGUUUAGCCUGGUCAAAAUGGCGCUUCUCAUGUAGGGGUCGAGAGCCACUAGCUGUGAUACCUUCAUCACUUCCAGACAUUAGUCGUGUCCCUCCUCACCUCUGCGUGGAGCCAUGUUCACUAACGUAGCUCUGCGGACCGUCCUGAAAUCCACCGCCGGUGUUUUACGGGAUUUUGGCUGCGCCGUGAAACCGUGGACCUGCAGCUCGGCUCUAACCGCAGCACCGGGAGGAGUCAGCGCCGUUGCAGGAAGCUUUGCUCUUCCUCCACCAGUGAGACAUUAUGCCCGGGGUGCAAAGACAAAGAAGACAGUUCCUCAGAGCCAGCUCAGUGAUCUUCAUCCAACGAUGCUGAGGAUGGACUAUGCAGCCGUACCUCUCGUUCAAACGAUUGAUGAUGUGGUCAAACGACUUCUUUCACUGGAGUUAGCAUGUCAUAGUGACAAGCUACAACUGAAGAAGGAACAGCUGAUUGCAAAGGUUCAGAGGGAUGAGAGCGACCGCAGCUCAGUGGAAGUUAAGGUGGCUAUUUUGACAGCAAGAAUCCGAAACUACCAGGAGCAUUUGCAAAAACACCACAAGGACAAAGCUAACAAGCGGCGGAUGCUAAUGGCCAUUGACACAAGGAAAAAGAUGUUGAAAUGCCUUCGACUGGUUCGCUAUGAUGCCUUUGAGAAAGUGUGUGAGCAGCUGGGAAUCACUUACACCUUCCCCCCAGAGUAUUAUAGACGAGUCACCCGUCGCUGGCUGGCAAAGAAGGCCCUGUGCAUUAAGGUCUUUAAAGAGGUGCAGAAGCGGAAAGAAGAGGAGAGACUGAAGACGAAGCAAAGUUUAGCCUCCAUUGCAGCAGAGGCAGCCAAGACAAAUGCCACAACCCACUAAAAGAUGUCAUACUAUACAUAGUUUAUCAUACUAUAAAUGAGUGAAUGGCAAACUAUUAAAUCUUGACACACAUCUUUACUUUUACACCUUAAGUUAAGGUAUUUUGACAUCUGGAUUAAUGGCUUCCUUUUCCAUGUUAUCAAAAUAAAAUAUAAUGUGCUUAUGUUUUCGAGUUGAUGUCUGAUUUCUGAAAAUGUCCAAAUAAAUGGGAUAAAGUGA